CACCGAAAGCUCAGAAACUCCCCCAGAAGCGUCCAACAUGCAGAAACUCUUGAUCCGCGGUGGGAAAGUGGUGAACGCGGACUUCUCGCAAGUGGCCGAUGUGUACAUCGAGGACGGGAUCGUGCGGGCGGUGGGGCCGAAUCUUCAGCCUUCUUCCGAUGGAAUCCAGGUGUUGGAUGCCACGCACAAGUUGGUGCUUCCCGGCGGAAUCGACACGCACACGCACAUGGAAUUCCCCUUCAUGGGGAUUCCGACAAAAGACGACUUUUACCAAGGAACGAAGGCUGCCCUUGCAGGAGGUACCACUAUGAUCAUGGACUUCGCACUCGCUCAGAAAGGCUGUUCCCUCAUUGAAGCCUAUAACCAAUGGAGAAACAGGGCUGAUCCUAAAGUCUGCUGUGAUUAUGCACUUCAUAUGGUCGUAUCAUGGUGCAGUGAGCAGGUCAAAGAGGAAAUGAAACUUCUUACCAAGGAAAAGGGUGUCAAUUCAUUUAAGAUGUUUAUGGCAUAUAAAGAUGUCUAUAUGAUUGGAGAUAAAGAAUUGCACACCCUCUUCAGUCAAUGUAAACAAAUUGGUGCAAUUGCUCAAGUUCAUGCAGAGAAUGGGGAUUUGAUUGCAGAGGGUGAAAAGAAGAUGCUGGCUUUGGGAAUAACUGGUCCAGAGGGACAUGAAAUGGCCCGACCAGAAGAAGUGGAAGCAGAAGCCACGUUGAGAGCUAUUACCAUUGCAAAUUCAGUAAAUUGCCCUCUCUAUAUUGUACAUGUGAUGAGUAAGUCUGCAGCCAAGAUAGUGGCAGAUGCCCGCAGGCAAGUGGUGACUUGACUCUGACGGGAACAGAUAACUGUACAUAUGAUAUCUGCCAGAAGGCUGUGGGAAAAAAUGAUUUCACAAAGAUCCCAUAUGGAGUGAAUGGAGUGGAAGACAGGAUGUCUGUGAUCUGGGAAAAAGGAGUGGUAAGUGAGAUUUCAAUUCAUUCUUUACCACAAUGGUGA